AUCACAAAAGCUCACUCGCGUUCAAGUGUACGACCCUGAACAAUAAGCGAAACUAAAUUGAGGAAGGAAACGUACGCGUACGUGAAUAGCCGGAGUGUGUAACUCGUGGAAGAUACUGUACAUGUAGAGCCAUAUUUUAGUGGCAGAAACAACCACGCUCCGAGUCACGUCAUCUCUCGCGUCAAAUAACAGAGAGACAACCCUGAUCUUCUGAGCCACGUGAUCUCGACUCUUUCUGUGUGAGCUGUGAGGCAUGGGGACGUAGCAGUUUCAGUCUUAAUCCCAGUUGCGACUUUUGAAAAUGAUGCUUCUUCACCACUGAACAACAGAGCAACUAAGGGGCCAUCUGAAUAUACAGCAUGCUUUUUGAAGGUCGUAACAUGGCCUCCAUGGUUCCAUCGUAAGUCACAAAAUCCUGUUUCGAAUCAAUGAUGUAGGCCUACUCACGGUACCUCUGCUAGUGUAAACAAUUGAUGCCAGCAGUCUCCUUGUCCUGCGUUCGAGAGAAGUGUUCUCCAAGCUGUUGCCCAGACCUCUGAAACUGAGGAUACCUGUAAAAUAAAAUUCACCGCACGGUAAACAUUGAAACGUAAGUUCUGCCUUAUGUAAAUUUGAACUGCAGUUUCGAGCCAAAAUGGUCGUGGACACGAGUCAUUUGAACUGUUCAGAGCUUUACCAACUCAACCUUACUGAUGAUGUCAAGCGGGCAUCAACCUACCUGGUCAACCCGGGAUCUCGAGCGAUCGCCCUGGGUAUCCAGAUCCUGGUCUUGGUCAUCGGUGUGCCUGGGAAUGUGUCCUUCCUUGUGGCAGUGGCUCGGGUGGCCUACAUGAAGACCAUCACCAACAUCUUCUUGGUAAACCUGGCCAUAGCGGAUAUUCUUUUUGUGGUAUACACAGCAACCAGCUACCUGUUUUACCUGCCGGCCCCGGUGCGCAGUCACAUCCACUCCAUGCUCAAUAUCUGGUGUCCCGUUGCUGUCUCAAUAUCGUUUCUGACUUACUUCACCUCCGUUUCCACUGUGUCGCUGGUGUCUGUCGAGCGCUACAACGCCAUUUGCCGCCCACUGAAACACCUGGCUGUCAACAGCAAGCAACGGGCGGUAAAGCUUGUCUUUGGCACCUGGUGCGUGGGCUUGGCAUUUACAUCCCUGGCCGUCUUGCAGUACGCCGAUUCGACUCGCAUCUGCGUCACCUGGCCGAGCGGUAACGGCACCGAGAAAUUCGCCGAUCUCCCUGACAUCAUCGGCUUCUGCCUGCCCCUGGCACCGUGGGCCUUGGUGGUCGGCAACCUGGCCUCAUCUAUACCGUUCAUGAUUGCGCUGCUAGGCAAUGCGUUCAUGUACGUCCAGAUCAUCCGCACUUUGGCAAACCGCUCCGUAGCUAAGACCAGUGGCAGGGAGACCAUGGUACGUAGAGCUCGUCAGGUCCGCAACCAAGUCACCCGUAUGCUUGUCAUAAAUGGUACGGUCUUCUUCAUCUUUCAGUUCCCUUUUGCUUGCAUCAAUUUCGUCUUCGUUGCUGGCUACCUCGGUGGGCUAGAUUUCUUGGAAGUUAACGAACUUCAAAGCAGUUUGAGAGUUUUCAGUCACGGUUUCCUCUUUCUGAACUCUGCCAUCAAUCCAAUCAUUUAUUACGCCAUGUGUCCUUCCUACCGUGCCGCCGCACUAAAAGCGUUCAGGAGCCCAAAAAAUUCACACCAGACUGAAGAUUACUAACUAAUUGUCGGUUUUGCAAGAAAAUGUUUGAAGUUUUUACGUGACGACGACAGUGCAUUGUGGCUUGUUGGCAUAUGCUCAACGUGUUGACCUAUGUCUUUUUGACAGUCAUCUCCGGAAGAUGCAUGGCAAAUAGCACUCAGAUAGACGCGUCAAAUUCCUGGCUAACAGUUCAUAACUCAACUAUGUCAUCCACGUUUUACUUCAUAUCUAAUGAGCAUUUGGCACACUGACCUCUACCUCAUUUUCUUAUCCAGUGUCAGUAGACCUAAUGUGAGACAUUUCUUAAGCACGCUACAAGGCCCUUGUAGUAACUGCUAUACUGCACCAACUUUCGAAAGUGUAAGCUGAGUAACAGUAGGCCUACCAUGGGUGACUGAUCAAAUGUUCUUCUGGCACCGUUGAUAGCACUUUGUGAUGACGUUAGAAUGCAUAGUUUGGUUGUAAAUAGUAAAUCCGGACCCGUGGACAAUAUGUGUUAAUUAAAAAUCAAUGAUAAGAUCGUUAUAAAUAACACAUUAAAAUGUUUUAAGAUCAAAAUGUAAUAGAGUUUAAUCAACUUAAUUUCAAAUUCUUCAUUACAAAAUCUUAAUGGACAAUCACAAUUUUGCAGAGAUGGACAUCUGCUGAGGGCCCGACUGUGUACUGUUAUCUUAUCCCAAAAGUCUUCGUGGGAACAUUUUAUCGAGACUAUUACAGUGCAAAAUGCAGGAACUCCGUUUUCACAGUAGUGAGUGGUGUUGAACUGAACUAGAGUAAACCGAGAUAGUGUAUAUUACGAAAUAUUGCAGAUGUGCCUCAUUUGAGUGUGACCCUAUGGACUGUAGGGUCUGCCCUACACUCUAAAAACACCCGGGUCAGAGUGACCCAGCCUAGGGUCCCAUUCGGCGUGACCCUUUUCUUGGUCAAAUUAUGACCCAGACAGGGUCAAAUAAGACCCAAAAGGGGGUUAAUUUUUGACCCAGAAAAGGGUCACGCCGAAUGGACCUAAUUCUGGGUCAAUUUGACCCGGGAGUUUUUAGAGUAUGAGUUCAGCGCUCAGGUAAUGAGAGAGUCUUGAUAAAUAUUCUAUGUAAGUAAUUUUCGAUCACUGGUAAUAUUAUCAGGUAUGGUACUCGUCAUUUAAAGUUUACGAAGCGAGCUUCGUAAUGAAGAGAGUUUGCAUGGCUGCCAUCUUGCUGGCCAGUGCUUUUGUUCCACAGUGUCUGCAAAGAGGAUGUUUCCCGGUGGAACAAAAGAACUGCCCUACAAGACGGCUACUACGUAAAGCCUCUAUUAAGACCCAUUUUGAAAGGCUUCGAAUCUUUUUGCUCGGUGAGUAAAGUGCAAAAACAGCGGCCCGUCUCUUACUAUGUGCCACCAUGUUGCUGAGACGUGAUCGGAAUUCCGCUGGCCUUCUGUCACAUCUAUGACACUAGUGUUGGUGAAUAACUUCUCACCCGACACUAUAAAUACACAGUGGGUUACAUUGUGCGGGUGUUGAGUCUUUGUGGACACGUGACAUUAUCUAAGAGAGUAAUUUGAAGUUUAUUUCUUGCUCUGUGUUAUUGCUGGAUUUCAUGCGUGCAACAGAGUUCUGUACAUUUCGGGGAGGGGAAGAAGUAAGGGGGUCCACCUCUUGAACGCUCGGGGGAACCUGCAAAUCCAAAUAGGUUUAGACAUCGGUAUAUCUAGAGUCAGACGAAGAUUUAACUGCAGAGUUGUACUGUACUGUCUUAGAAUACAUGUAAUCUAUGGUUAAUUUUGUACACCCUCUCAUAGCCUAUGUUAUAAUGUGCGAGAAAAUACCUGACAGUGAAAAAUGAAAUAUAGUGGUUUCUGCCUUCAUUUUCGUGAAGUAAAGUCGCUCUUUUAUCUGGUCACUUUUUGUAAGAAACAAAUUUAAAUUUCAAAAGCUGCAUAAGUGCAUGUGAAUUAAAAAAGUGUUUAAAAUAUAACGCUGAUGAGAAACAGUAUCCCCAAAUGAAAAUUCUAUAUCCUCAAACGUAUCGGCCUAGUAGUCAACUCACCUAAUGUGGCUUUAAGGGGUUAAUCCAAUUUUUGAUGCUGGGAUGAGAGGAACAUAAACCAGAGGGUAAAUGUAUUCAAAAGGCCUAUUUCAGUGUUUUUUCUCACCUUCGCAAUAUGUACAAAUGUUCUUAAGCAUUUGGGUGUAACCCCCCAAAAAAAACUUCUCCCAAGGUUGACGAGGUGCCAAAAGUCUUUAAAAAAAGAAAGCGAUAUACAGAUGGAGAAGAUGCACAGCGCGAUCUCCCUUAAAUGGAUUCAGUUUCUGGUAUGCCAACAGCUUAAUGCUGUCAAAUGAAAAUGGGAAUUCUUCCCACGAAGGUCAGUUACUUAGUCGUAAUCUUUAUAAUGGACAGUUAAUUGAAAUUUUGAGUGACACCGAUAUUUUACCUUCACAAAAAUUGUUGAUCAUAGGUAAAAUGACCGAAAAAUGAUACAACGAUCAAGAUUUGACUUAGAGAUUUCAGGAGAAUAAAACGUAACACCAGCAAAGCGAAAAAAAUAUAACUGGCAGUCUCGGGUGAACCUAGCGGAAAUUCUACAUUUAAAACUGUUACAACUUUUAUGAUUCCAUCUGUACUGUUGUUGUUUUUGUAGAAAUCGGAGAGUAAGGUGACAACACAAUCUUUCGUUUUCAAAGAAUUCAGCUUUCUACCAGCGGAAAUUUUGAUUAUUCUUUGACGACUCUCAUGGCGCCAAAAAAUGGACAGAAAUUCGAUAUUCUCGUUGGCAGAAUUCUGCUAUUUUCUGUUUGUAGUUGUUAGGUGUUU